UCGACUAGUGCAGGACUAAUCUCUAGUGAGAAGAAAAAACCUCAACUAUGUUGUGCAGUCGGAGGCUCUGACCAGAAAACUGUGGAGCAAUAAUUAUACUGAUGAUUCUUUAACAUUUUUCAAAGAAUCUUCAUUAAACGCUGCGGAGUUGGGUUUCAACUCCCCCGAGGGCCGUAAAACGCGCAAUGGCUCUAAAUGGGGUAAAGAGAAUCACAAACGGGUUCGGGCAGUACUUCCGCUAAGAUGUCUGUAUCUGCUUGGCUCGUUGGAAAUUUCAGUGGAAGUAUUAGUUGGAAAGGGAGGCUUCCUGUAACCGCGUAUCGCACAGAUAAAUGGAGACGCGAAAAGGAGGGGGACGCAGAGAAGUACGCGCAGCGCUCAAGUGAUGGUCAGUCAACUCCAGUGGACUUUGUGGAGUGCCAGUGGUGCGUCAUAUUCUUAUUGCAGAUACGGCGGAGUAACCCGCGAGGGAAAGGUCACCGCGGCUGCGAGACAGAAUAAAAAGUGAGCGUUCCUUCAGGGAGAACCGAUCUACAGCUCCGGCGAGGACGCACACGGGACGCACGGGCUCCAGUGGAUCGUUCCUCUUGUUCUUCCUCGCUCUUCCCCUCCACAGUCCACCGGUGUUCAGAGGAUGGCCACGGAUGCUCAGCGACUGCUCGUACGACUUCAGAUGCUUUGAUAUAUUUAUUUCCAUCAUAAGAGCAGAAUUCAAGAGGACGUAUUUCGGACCGGACAGAAGCAGGAACCUACACGCGAAAGUUACGCACAGUUCUUUAUCUCCAUUUUCAUCCUUGCUGGACGCACGGGACUUUGGAGCCGCAUUUGAGGAGGUUCUAUAGUUGUGAAGGUGUCCGGUUUGACUUUGUAUUCUCCCCAGAGGCGCUGGAUAAGGACUUUAUUUUUUCCUCUUCUCGUUUUCUCAACUCCACGGGAGCUAUGAACGGACUGCGCAAGCACUUCACUAUGGGACUGGUGCUAGUUAUGUGCACGCUUACCGGCCACUGCGGCCGGAGCGCGCCCUCGGUGGCCGCGGGGUCGGCCGCAGCCGGCGGCGGCGCGGCGCAUGUGGACUUGAGGCGGAUGGUGGAGAUCAUGAAACACGUGGAGGAUAGCCGGAGUCGACACAGCGCCAAAACGGAAUCCCCGUUAACGUCGCGGGCGCACACGUCCCCGGUGGGGCCAAAGGAUUUACGCAACUUGAAAACAGACAGAGGCGCUCAGGCUGUCGUUGUGUUCCCUAGGGAUGUCAGAAAGAAGGAGAAAUUCCUAAAACAUAUAACAGGUCCUCUCUACUUCCAUCCUAAGUGCAGGCAGCAAGUGUACAGAGUCUACCACCACACCAGAGAAUGCACGACGCCUGCAUACUUGAAAAGAUGUGCGCGGCUUCUCACACGGCUAGCUGGCAGCCUGCGGUGCACGGAGGGGUAGCACACACAAGGUUGAAGCCAAACAUGUGUUCUCCAGAAGAAGAAGAAGGAAGAAAAAAAAAAGCGAAGGAGAAAAAAAAAGUGCCUUGGACACUAAGAGGGAAGCUUAAAAUACCCUUGACCAUCCCCGACUGAUAUUAUGCACAGUAUUGACAUUCAGUGAGGUCUGUUCUGUUGACGCGUGGAUUACUGCCACCCACCGCUCGGACUGGGCCUCGAUGGUUCGCUGCCUCCACGAGGGAGCGACCAAGCAACUAAACCAGAUGAAGAUUUAAAGACAAAGACGGUGAAACUGAAGGAAAAAAAGAACAACUGGAGGAGCCGGAAACAAUCGUGGGGACUUUUUUUCCUGCUGCCAUCCCAAAAAAAAAAAAGAUGUCAAAUCAAAAAAAAAAAAAAAAAAAAGGGAUUGCAUAUUUUUUUAUUUUGUUCGUUUCUUUGACGGAAAGAGCAAAUUCCAAAUGUACUAUUUUCAGUAUGAUUCGCCUUCUGCGAUUGGUUUGCUCUGUGUGAGUGUUUCGGGUUGAGCCCAGACGUACUACUGUACUACCUAUUACACUGACUAAACGUUCUCACAGACCCCCGCGCUGGCACUCACGCCUUAGUUUCACCCACUUGUGCUCACACUGAGAAAGAGCUGUGAUUAAAUUAUUAAUUGCAUGAACAUUUCUCCGCGUCUUUGUGAGACAUGUUUUGCGACGAUGUGGCGGUUGUAAGCCACAGCCCUCCCGAGGAUCUCGGAAGAAUCGUGGUACGGUGUAUAUUUAUAAGAGCGUCACAAGGUUGCACUGCACUUCACGUAGGCCACGACCACAGAUACAUGUACAUACUGUAUAAAACAAAUCAUAAGAGGACUCCACCUGUCUACCAUAAAUUAAAGUGACUGGCAUUUAUCGAAUGGGUGUUGAAUACGUAUAUACAGUGUACACUGUAUAUUUAAGAAUUAAAUAUAUUUAAAUAAAUUAUAAGAUUGGUACAACA